GUUCAAUGUAAUAAACUUUGUAGUUUUCUCUCAGUUUAACUUAUUCUCUUGGAUCCAAAUAUCUCGCCAUCGACAAAGCAGAUCCUUCCAAAGAAACAAGACGAAACACAAAUCCAAAAUUAAACAAAAAUCGAUAAAGACACAACACAAAGUUCAGUUUCUCCUUUGCAAAGAUUUUCAAAAUUUGAAGCACUCGUGUGAUUGAUGGGUCUCUGCCACUCCAAACCUCCAAGCUCCGACCAAGUUCCGGCCCGGAACAGUCCUCUUCCGUCGUCAGAAUCCGUAAAGUCUCCUCCUUUAACCUCCUCCGCCGACAAUGACGGCAACAAAUCUCCGUUCUUCCCUUUCUACAGCCCAAGUCCAUUCUUCUCCAAGAAAACUCCGGCGAGAUCUCCGGCGACGAGCGGGAACUCAACGCCGAAACGGCUCUUCAAACGGCCGUUUCCUCCGCCGUCUCCGGCCAAACACAUCAGAGCUCUCCUCGCGAGACGGCACGGCUCCGUGAAGGCGAUCCCGGAGGAAGAAGUGGGUUUGGACAAGAGCUUCGGGUUCUCGAAGGGGUUCUCGGGGAAGUACGAGGUUGGGGAUGAAGUGGGUCGAGGGCAUUUUGGGUAUACUUGUGCUGCUAAGUGUAAGAAAGGAGGACAACAAGUGGCUGUUAAGGUUAUUCCCAAAGCAAAGAUGACGACGGCUAUUGCUAUUGAAGAUGUGAGGAGGGAAGUGAAGAUAUUGAGAGCGUUGUCUGGUCAUGAUAAUCUUCCUCAUUUCUAUGAUGCUUAUGAGGAUCAUGAUAAUGUCUAUAUUGUGAUGGAGCUAUGUGAAGGAGGAGAGCUUUUGGAUAGAAUACUUUCAAGAGGUGGGAAGUACACAGAGGAGGAUGCAAAGACUGUUAUGAUUCAGAUAUUGAAUGUGGUUGCCUUUUGUCAUCUCCAAGGUGUUGUACACCGUGAUCUCAAACCAGAGAAUUUCCUUUAUACUUCAAAAGAAGACACUUCUCAGCUAAAAGCAAUUGAUUUUGGCUUGUCAGAUUACGUAAGACCAGAUGAGAGGCUCAAUGACAUUGUUGGUAGUGCGUACUACGUAGCACCAGAAGUUCUACACAGAUCUUAUAGCACAGAAGCUGAUAUCUGGAGUGUUGGUGUCAUACUCUAUAUUCUAUUAUGUGGAAGCAGACCGUUUUGGGCUAGGACAGAAUCAGGAAUCUUCCGUGCUGUUCUAAAAGCAGAUCCCACUUUUGAUGACCCUCCUUGGCCUUUGUUAUCUUCAGAGGCAAGAGAUUUUGUGAAAAGGUUGUUAAAUAAAGAUCCACGUAAAAGAUUAACAGCUGCUCAAGCCUUAAGUCAUCCAUGGAUAAAGGACUCAAAUGACGCCAAGAUUCCAUUGGAUAUUCUUGUUUUCAAACUUAUGAGAGCUUAUUUAAGAUCAUCGUCUCUCCGUAAAGCUGCAUUAAGGGCUUUGUCAAAAACACUUACGACUGAUGAACUGUUUUAUCUAAGGGAACAGUUUGCUUUACUAGAACCUAGCAAGAACGGAACUAUAAGUCUAGAAAACAUCAAAUCUGCUCUGAUGAAAAUGGCAACAGAUGCAAUGAAGGAUUCACGUAUACCUGAAUUCUUACCACAACUGAGUGCUCUUCAAUAUAGAAGAAUGGACUUUGAAGAGUUCUGUGCAGCAGCAUUGAGUGUUCACCAGCUAGAAGCUCUUGGUAGAUGGGAACAACACGCUCGUUGUGCUUAUGAGAUUUUCGAAAAGGAAGGGAACAGACCCAUCAUGAUAGAUGAGCUUGCUUCGGAACUUGGUCUUGGUCCUUCUGUACCGGUCCAUGCAGUGCUUCAUGAUUGGCUAAGACACACCGAUGGAAAGCUUAGCUUUCUUGGGUUUGUGAAACUGUUACAUGGUGUGUCUAGCCGCACUAUUAAAGCUCAUUAGAAUGGUGAUUAGAGAGCUCAGAAUAUGUAUGAGAUUUGUCUGAGAUCUCUUCUGUCCCAGGUAGACCAAUUGGGGUUUAAUAUGGAUUUGUCUUUUGUGAUGAAAGCUGAAACGAAGAGAGUGUAGCUAAAAAGAGAAGUGUGUGUGUGUUAGUUUGUAGAGGAUGGGGUAGUUUCUAAAUUUGGUAAUUUAUGACGAUUGAUGAUGUUUCUGACAUGACUUCUAGAUUUGGAUUUUUGGUAAUUUAUGAUGAUUGAUGAUGUUUCUGACAUGACUUCUAGAUUUGGAUU